AUGGUCCUCGACCUUAGCAUCGGCUCCACCGCAGCCUUUGUGGUUUCCAAGCUCGACGAGCUCCUCAAAUCUGACGAAUUGAAAGACAUUGUUGGAGUCCCGACUUCCAAGCUCGCUAGUUGGGUCGACGACGCCGAUGAGGUCGACCCAAAUCUCAAUUUGAAAGGGCGUAGAGGAACUCUACUGACGGAUAAGAAGGUGGAGGCGGUGUCGGAGACAUUUGUGGUGGGUUUUUUGGAUGGGAGGGGAGGUGAACAAUUAGGAUUUUUGGGGUUUUGGGUGGGGUGGGGGAUGGGGUGUUUUGGGUUGUAG